AUGGUCGGUGGGCAACCCUGCAGGAUUCAGGAGGUGACGUCCAGUUGGGUUCGAUGCCUGACACCUCCAAACAGCGAGGGCGUGGUCACCGUCAACGCCCAGGUCUUCUCUGUCUUACCCUCCUCUGAACUUCAACUACUCAGCAGCUCAUACUCCAGUCGUCAGCUCCGGCCGAAGCCGUUCUUCAUCACCAGUGACCGUUUCAGGAUUGGCACCGACCCACAGGCUCGUCUCCAUCACCAUAACCAUGAGCCCUGCACGUCUCCUCAGUCAGUGGACACGCAGGUCCAGUGUACUGUAGGAGAAAACCCAGGAGGGACGUACCCAGUCAUGCUUCAGCACCAGGUCAAAGCGGUGGCACAGCCCAAUGAGGGUAGUUUUGGUGGUGGUGCUCUUCUGUCCAUCCAGGGUUCUGGUUUUGACCCGUACCACUCCACUGUGCUUAUCUGUGACGAGGAAUGUGAAGUCGACAGAGAAAUGUCAACAUCAACCCAUCUGUACUGCAUGUCUCCGAUGAACAGCGGUAACACAUCCGAGGUCAGUUGCACAGUUGCCGUCUUUAACCCUCUGGAUGCUGUCAACGUAUCCGAUGGCUUCACCUACAAAUCCCAGCUCACUCCUGUGAUCACUGGGGUUUCUCCACGCAGAGGAGGCACCGCUGGAGGCACCCGGCUCACCAUCAGCGGCUCCGGUUUCAGCACAAACAUGAACGAAGUCAACGUAACCAUCGCCGGAUCUGUGUGUGACGUCCAGUCCGCCAACGAGACACAAAUCAUCUGUGUGACGAACGCCCAGCGCCAGACCCAGGACACCAAAGUCAGAGUCAGCAUCGGAAACAGAGGCAUCGCCAAAAUGGAUGAUGCAGAUUUCUCCUACGUUGACGUGUGGUCGUCCAGGUUCACAUGGGGGGGUCUGGAUCCACCAGGGGAGGGCAUGUUUGCCGUCAUCACUAAAGGCCAGACCAUCCUGCUGGACACUGACACCGCUGUAUUAAAAAUGCUCCUCAUUCAAGGAGGGAAGUUGGUGUUUGAUGAGAAGAACAUCGAGCUGCAGGCAGAGAACAUCCUGAUCACAGAUGGCGGUGUGCUGGAGAUCGGCACCGAGGAGAAGCCGUUCCAACACAAAGCCAUCAUUACUCUUCAUGGAAACGCACGCUCAAAAGAACUUCCUGUUUAUGGCACCAAGACGCUGGCUGUCAGAGAAGGACUCCUGGACCUGCAUGGUAUUCCAGUUCCCGUCCCCUGGACACACCUGGCCCAGACGGCAAACAGCGGCUCCGACACGCUGCAUCUGAAGAAGUCGGUGACGUGGAAAACGGGGGAUGAGAUUGUCAUAGCUUCCACCGGCCACAGACAUAGUCAGAGAGAGAACGAGGUGAGGACGAUCGCCUCAGUGUCCGCUGACGGCAUGACCCUGACCCUGACCACACCGCUGAACUACACUCACCUGGGGGUGUCCGUCACACUGCAUGACGGGACGGUGUUCGAAGGCCGAGCCGAGGUGGGACUGCUGACCCGGAACGUCGUAGUACGAGGAUCUCAACAUCUAGAAUGGAACGAUAAGAUUGAAGCCUGUGAAGAUGGUUUCAACACAGGUGAAUUUGUAACACAGACCUGUUUCCAAGGACGUUUCGGAGAGGACGUCUUCAGCGACCAGUUUGGAGCCUGCAUCAUGAUGCAUGCUCCCAGGCCGAAUGAGAAUCUUGCUAAAGCCAGAAUCGAACAUGUCGAGAUCUUCCAUGCAGGUCAGGCGUUCAGGCUGGGGCGUUAUCCCAUCCACUGGCAUCUAAUGGGAGAUGUCCAAUACAUGUCAUAUGUGAGGGGCUGUGCCAUCCAUCAGACCUUCAACAGGGCUGUAACCAUCCACAACACCCACAACCUCCUGGUGGAGCGCAACGUCAUCUACAACAUCAUGGGUGGAGCCUUCUUCAUCGAGGACGGCAUCGAGACGGGAAACAUCGUGCAGUACAACCUGGCUGUCUUCGUCAAACAGAGCACUAGCCUGCUGAACGACGACGUCACCCCUGCUGCCUACUGGGUCACCAAUCCCAACAACAUCAUCCGCCACAACGCCGCUGCAGGAGGCACCCACUUUGGCUUCUGGUACCGCAUGCAUGACCACCCCGAUGGCCCAUCCUUCGACAGAAACAUCUGUCAGAAGAAGGUUCCCCUCGGGGAGUUUUCCAAUAACACCGUUCACUCCCAGGGCUGGUUCGGCCUCUGGAUCUUCCAGGAGUAUUUCCCCAUGAGAGGCGGCGGCUGCAACUCUAGGACCCCCGAGCCGGCUGUCUUCCAUUCCCUCACCACCUGGAACUGCGAGAAGGGUGCAGAGUGGGUCGAUGUGGGCGCUAUACAGUUUAAGAACUUCGUCAUGGUCAACAACGAAAAAGCUGGCAUUGAGGCGAAGCGCAUUAUCAGAUCAACUGUGAGUGGUUUUGGAGAGGAGGGAGGGGCCACGGUAACUAACUGCACCAUCGUGGGCCACGUCGACGAGCUCGGUCUGGGAGAGGACUACUGCACUCAUGUAGGUGUCAUCGCGCCGUUCGACGACGGCAUGAGCGUCACCGGCACCAAGUUCAUGAACUUCGACCGCAGCUCCUGUGCAGCCAUCGGCGUCACCAAGAUCGACGGGACGUGUUCAGUCCUUUGCGGCGGAUGGGAAGUCAGGUUUAGUGGUAUCGAGUACUUCAACGUGACCAACAGGGGCCGCUUCAGGUGGGAACAUGAGGUGCAGCUGGUGGACACUGACGGCACCCUCACAGGGAAUGUCGACCACAAAGUCGUGGCAAUGAGCAGUUUGUUGGACCCUGCGCACUGUUCCCAGAGCGACAUUUGGAGCUCAGGUUUCCCUGCCGCUGUAUGUGACGAAACUGUCAGCUUCCAUCGCCUGGCGUUCAAUAAUCCAUCACCUUCAUCUCUGGCGGGGAAGGAUGUCAUUUUAACCAAUGAACAUGGCAGCUCUGUGGUUCCAUACGUGAAGAAGAGGAUGACUCAUAAACUGGGCUGGAUGGCUUUACUGCCCUCACGUAAAACCUACAACUGGUACUUCGACGACAUGGACCACAUCACGAACAUCUCCUACACCUCCAAGUUCUACGGGUUUGCGUCGGAUGAGUUUGUGAUCAUCAACCACAACUUCACGCAGAGUCCAGACAGGUUUCAGAUAGUCGAUAAUAGAAACGGGUCAGCGGGGCCUCUGAGCUUCAGCAACAACAGCAACGGUGACUGGUACUUCGACGACAGCUCCAACAACCUCUACUACAUCGUUUCUGGGAAGACGAGCCAGCGCAGGCGUCGUAACAGUGUCGAUCGCUCCACAAAAGACGUUGCAGUGAACUUCCGGGUCUAUCGAUGCUUCUUCCCCAACUGUAUCCCACCACCCCCACCGCCUCCAGCCACACUCGCCCCCAUACCCACUAACCGCCCGGACAACUUCAUCUGGUGGUCGAAUGCUUCUUUCUGGAAAAACUCUGCUGAAAAUAACUUCAGUGUACCACAAGAGGGCGCUGAUGUUGUCAUCCCAUCAGGCAUGUGGGUGGUUCUGGACACUGACACCCCCCCGCUCAACAAGCUGACGGUGGUCGGCGUUCUCGAGAUCUCCGACAGCGGGAACAACACGUCCUCCAGACAGGCUCGGUCUACGCAUCAUUACAGAACCGUGGUCCUGGACGCCGUCUACAUCUCCAUCCAGGGCGGCAGACUGAUCGCAGGAUGGGACGAUGAACCGUUCAGAGGUGAGCUUCACAUCAAACUGAGAGGAAACCACUUCACCCCAGACUGGCCUCUGCCCAACGGACCCAACCAGGGAUCCAAAGUCCUGGGUGUGUUCGGGUCACUGGAGCUUUACGGGCAACCACACAGUGUUUAUCACACCAAACUGGCUUCCACUGCACCUGCUGGAUCCAACACACUGACCCUGGCAAAGGCUGUGGACUGGGAGGUUGGAAAUGAAAUCGGCAUUUCCACCACCAGCUACAGCGCAUGGGAGACGGAAAAACGGAAGAUCACUGAUGUGUCUUCAGAUGGCCUCGUUCUGACUCUGGACCAGCCUUUGGCCUUCACACACAUCGGUGAAACUUAUUCCAUCUCCGGUACGUCGGACUCCUACACUCUGGCUGCUGAUGUCGCUCUUUUUACCAGAAACAUUAAAAUCAUCGGUGAGGAGUAUCCGGAAAUGAUGGAGGAGUCUUUUGGAGCCAGAGUCCUGGUGGGCACCUUCUCCUGGUCAGGAAUUGAUUACAAAGGCAAAGCUCAGAUCAGAAACGUGGAGUUCUUCCAGUCUGGUCAGGAAGGAUGGACUGACUCCCAUGACCCUCGCUACUCUGUGGCCUUCCUCAACCUGGGACAGGUUUCAGAAGAAGACACGUACCUUCAGGGCUGUGCUUUUCAUGACGGUUUCUCCCCGGCCAUCGGAGUGUUUGGAACCGAGGGGCUUUUUGUUGACGACAACUGCGUCCAUCGCACGGUUGGAGAAGGUAUCAGGAUCUGGGGCGAUAGGAACACACUGAGGAGGAACCUGGUGAUGAUGACGCUGUGGCCUGGGUCGUACCAGGACCGAGAGGAGCCCUUCAACUACAACUGGAACGCCGCCAUCGAGGUCAAUGAGGGAACCAACGUUGUGAUGCAGCAUAACAUCGUGGCAGGUUACGAGAGAGUCGGUUACCGUAUCGACGGUGAACCAUGUCCAGGUUCCAUUAAUAAUAAUGAGAAGUGGCUUCAUAAUGAGGCUCAUGGCGGGCUGCAUGGAGUCUAUCUCAACAAAGAUGGUUUACCCGGCUGCACCCACAUUCGAGAGUUCUUCAUCUGGAGGAACUUCGACUACGGCAUCUACUUACAGAUCGCCCCAAGUGUUGUUAUUUCCAAUGUGACUCUGGUCGACAACGGGAUGGGCAUCAUGUCUAUGAUCUUCGGUCCUCCUUCUCUCUUUCAUUCAUAUUCGGAUAAAUCAGUUGUCGUCCAGGGUGCCUUGGUCAUUGGCAGCAGCCCAGCACUCAACUGUUCAGACACUUUGCCCACCAGUGACUUCAACAUUGCCACCACUGCCGGCCAUCGGGCUCCCAGACCUCCAGGAGGUGGACGAUCAGGAAUCUGCUGGGCAACCUUCAUGUCCUCACACAACACCGCUCCAAAGAAGCCUCAUCAUAAAACCAUGAGCUACCCUGCCAUCGCUGGGCUGAUGAUCGUCAGAGACACAACUUUUGUUGGUUUCCGAAAUGUCUGCAGCACUGAGUCGAAUGUGAUGUUCAUGACCAACCCCAUCAACGAGGACCUGCAUCAUCCUAUGCAGGUUUCAGGAAUGACGAUAAUCGACAGCACAGAGGACAAAAAAGUCUUCAUUCACCGACCAGAUGUCGGUAAAGUGAACCCAUCUGACUGCGUGGACAUGGACUGUGAUGCGAAGAAGAAGACCAUGUUGAAGGACUUGGACGGGUCGUUCCUGGGGGCAGUGGGCGCCGUGGUGCCUCAGUCUGAGUACGAGUGGGGGGGCGAUCCCAGGAGGGGCCUGGGCGACUACCGCAUCCCCACAGUCAUGCUCACGUACCCCAACGGCAGCCGCAUCCCAGUGGACCAGAUCGCUCCUCAUAAAGGUAUUAUCAGAAGUGAGUGCACCUACAUGAGUUCCUGGCAGAGCUACGAGUGCUUUGGGCUGAAUUACAGGAUGCUGGUGAUUGAGAGUUUGGACUCGGAUACGGAGACAAGACGUCUGUCUCCUGUCGCUGUGCUUGGAGACGGUUACGUGGAUCUGAUCAACGGUCCUCAGGAUCACGGCUGGUGUAAUGGCUACACCUGCCAGAAGAGGGUGUCUCUGUUCCACAGCAUCAUCGCCACCGGUCAGUCCUUCGACGUCUUCUUCACUGGUGUCAGCCCGCAGAAACUCCGCCUCAUGAUGCUCAACGCUAAGAGUGACGAGAGCGUCCUGGUGUCAGUCUUCUACAGCACAGCUCAGCGCUUAGAUGUUUACGUCGACAACCAACUGGUCGCUCCAACGAACGCUGAGUGGAACUCUGACAGGACCGACUACACCCUGAGAAGACAACAGUUUACAGGUCAAUACGUCCCUCAGCUGAACGCUUCUAUUGGAACAAACUUCUUUGACAAAGAAUACAUGAUGCUGAAGGUCAUCGUUAAAGGCAACAAACCGGUUGAAAUCAGAACGUCGCCUCUUAUCGUCGUCUCCUUCAACCUGCCUGCCAUGACCGAGGACGAGUUCUUUGGCGAAAACCUGGUUCAGAACUUGGCUGCGUUCCUCAACAUCCCAUCAAACAUGAUCCGGAUCACCAAGAUUAUCCGAGCGGACGGAAGCGCCCGACGUAGAAAGAGAUCGACGGGGAUGACGGUGGAGAUGGAGAUCCAGAAACCUCCAGUCCAGGAAACCAAUAACAGCACCAACGGUGAUGAAGACUUCGUCCAGUUGCAGAACAUUGCUGAUAAUCUGGGUCAGGCCGCAGUUUCAGGGAAUCUGAGCAAAUCCAUCGGCUUUAACGUCUCUUCAGUGGGCGUCAUCCCACCUCCUCCUCCAUCAUCUGACCCCGACUGGAAUAAGGUGGCGACUAAAGAGGUGACGAGGGAAGAACCUGAAGUGAGUUACAUGGCCAGUGUUUCCCGUCUGAUGGUUGUCAUGGAGCCGAUACCGGGGGAGUACGUGGGUCCGCUGGAGCAGCAGCCCAGUCUGAUGGCAGUGGACGAGGAGGGUAACUGUGUGUCUGUGGGAGUGACGACGCUCACCGCCACAGCGAGUCUGCAGGACCCCAGCGGUGAAGACGUGGACGCACUGGAAGGAAACACCACGAUCCGGUUCGACUCCUGCUGGGCCAACUUCACCGACCUGUCCAUCUCCAACGGCGGAGAGAACCUGACCAUGGUCUUCACUCUGAAUGAGUGGAACGCUCAGUCUCGCUCCUUCGCCGUCAAGAACACUCCGACCACACAGCCUCCCUCGACCAGCAGCAGCUCCACCCAGCCCACCCCCACCAGCGUCACCCCUGGGGAGACCACCACCGACGACAGCGUAUUCGGCUCCAGCAGCACGGCCGUGGCCUCUGGCGCCCUGUGCGUGGUCAGUGUGAUCUACGCUGUGGCCUGCUGCUCAGACUCCAUCCCCAUCUGUUAGAGCUGCACAAAGCUUCACAUUUAACAGGGUUUAAUGAAGGAUACGCUACCUCAUAUAUACACAUACAUCGUAUCAUGAACAAACCUCGUAAUAUUCCGUCCAGUUCUUCUCUUUGUUGCAUUAUGGGUAAAUGGGCCUCAUGCAAGAACUACUUAAAUGAAUAGAUAACUCCCUAAAAACCACAAACAAGUAAUUUAGAAAAACACAUUUCAUUCAUUACACUGGGUUGCAAAAAAAUGUUUUUUGCAAGUUGUCUAGGUUUUUUCAACUGAAUUAGGACCAUUUUGC